AUGAGCCGUCCUUCAGCUUCAGCUUCAACUUCAAGUAGCAGUAGAAGUUCAAGAUCUAGAUAUGGAAAAGAAGUCAAAGAAUUAUAAGAUGCCUUAAAUUAAAACAAAAUAGAGUCUAAAAGAGAUGCCAUCAGAAAAGUACUUUGAAUUAUAAUUCUUAGAUUAUUGAUGCUAUGACAAGAGGCAAAGAUGUUAGUAUGUUAUUUCCAGAUGUAGCAAAGAAUAUGGAAACAUCAAAUUUAGAAUUAAAAAAGUUAGUGUACUUGUACAUAAUCAAUUAUGCCAAAAUUAUGCCUGAUCUUGCUGUUAUGGCUGUCAAUAGUUUUCGUAAGGAUGCAAGAGAUAAGACAAAUCCAUUUCUUAGAGCUUUAGCUAUCAGAACAAUGGGAUGUAUUAGAGUAAAAUUAAUCACAGAAUAUUUAUUGGAUCCUUUAAAAGAAUCCAUAAAAGUAAUUAAUCUAAAUAUAUUAUAAGGAUGAAGAUUCAUAUGUAAGAAAGACAGCAGCUAUUUGCAUUUCUAAAUUAUAUGAUGUAUCACCUGAACUCAUUGAAGAAUAAGGUUUAUUGAAACUUUUGGAGAAUUUGUUGAAUGAUGGAAAUGCAAUGGUUGUUGCAAAUGCUGUAUGUGCAUUAUUGAUUGUUCAAGAAUCAAAAGGAACAACUAUGUUAUAAUUGAAUCCUUAUACAAUUUAAAAAAUAUUGACAGCUAUGAAUGAAUGCAAUGAAUGGGGUGUUAUAUAUUGUUUAGAUGCUUUGGCUAUGUAUAUUCCUGAAGAUGGAAAAGAAGCAGAAGCGUAAUUUAUAAUUAUAUUUUAAGAAUAUUAGAAAGAGUUAGUCCUAGAUUAAAUCAUAAUAAUCCUGGAGUAGUAUUAUCAGCAUGUAAAAUUAUGAUGAAAUUUUUGGAUUAUCUUUAAAAUCCAGAAACUAUUAGAUAAAAUGCACUUAAAAUGACUGCUCCAUUGAUUUCACUUUUAAGUUUAGGUAAAGAACCAGAAAUUUAAUAUGUUGCAUUAAAAAAUAUUAAUUUGAUUAUUUAAAAGAGACCAAUUAUCAUUGAAAAAGAUAUUAAAGUAUUCUUUUGCAAUUUUAAUGAUCCAAUAUAUAUCAAAUUAUAAAAAUUAGAAGUCUUAUCAAAAUUAGCUAAUAAUGAUAAUAUUCAAUAGAUUUUACAUGAAUUAAAAGAAUAUACUUAAGAAGUAGAUGUAGAAUUUGUAAGAAAAUCAGUUAGAACAAUUGGAAGAUGUGCUAUCAAAUUAGAAAAAGCAGCAGAAAAAUGUGUUACAGCUCUAUGGGAAUGUUUAAAAACUAAAGUUAAUUAUGUUGUUAUGGAAAGCAUUAUAGUUAUUAGAGAUAUAUUUAGAAAGUAUCCUAGAAAAUAUGAAAUGAUUCUUAAAGAUUUAUGUGAAAAUCUAAAAAGUCUUGAAGAUCCAGAAGCAAAGGCCUCCAUGAUUUGGAUUAUUGGAGAAUAUGUUGAUACAAUAGAAAAUGCUGAUUCUCUUUUAGCCAAUUUCAGUGAAAAGUAAUUUUGAUAUUUAAUUAUAAGUUUUAAAGAUGAACCUGCAAAUGUAUAACAUUAAAUUUUAGUUGCUGUUAUGAAAUUAUUUUUAUAAAGACCUAAUGAUGGAAAAGAAUUAAUUCAUAAUCUAUUAAAAACAGCUACUAUUGAAUGUGAAAAUCCAGAUCUUAGAGAUAGAGCAUAUAUAUAUUGGAGAAUGUUAUCUACUGAUCCAGAAUUAGCUAAAAAAAUAGUUUUUACAGAAAGACCAACUAUAUCUGAUUCCAGUUAUACAAUUGAAAAUGAACUAUUAGAUAAAUUAAUAGAAAAUAUUGGAAAUUUAAGUUCUGUUUAUACUAAAAAACCUGAAAGUUUUGUUAAAAAAUUAAGAGAUGUUUUAAAUUCUAAAAUUGCUGAUAAAAUUGAUGAUGUCUAUGAUUAAGAUUAAUUAAUGGAAGGAAAACCUGAAGAUUAUAGUGAUUAAUAAGGAGGAUAAUCAAAUGUUUAUGAAAAUAAUUAUGAUACAUCAUCGUAGAUUUAAUCUUAAAUUUAAUAAUCAUAAAUAUAAUAAGUUUCUUAAAAAAUUGAUUUAUUAGAAUUAGAUGAUAAUUAACCAUAAUAACCAUAAUAANUUAUAUUUUAAGAAUAUUAGAAAGAGUUAGUCCUAGAUUAAAUCAUAAUAAUCCUGGAGUAGUAUUAUCAGCAUGUAAAAUUAUGAUGAAAUUUUUGGAUUAUCUUUAAAAUCCAGAAACUAUUAGAUAAAAUGCACUUAAAAUGACUGCUCCAUUGAUUUCACUUUUAAGUUUAGGUAAAGAACCAGAAAUUUAAUAUGUUGCAUUAAAAAAUAUUAAUUUGAUUAUUUAAAAGAGACCAAUUAUCAUUGAAAAAGAUAUUAAAGUAUUCUUUUGCAAUUUUAAUGAUCCAAUAUAUAUCAAAUUAUAAAAAUUAGAAGUCUUAUCAAAAUUAGCUAAUAAUGAUAAUAUUCAAUAGAUUUUACAUGAAUUAAAAGAAUAUACUUAAGAAGUAGAUGUAGAAUUUGUAAGAAAAUCAGUUAGAACAAUUGGAAGAUGUGCUAUCAAAUUAGAAAAAGCAGCAGAAAAAUGUGUUACAGCUCUAUGGGAAUGUUUAAAAACUAAAGUUAAUUAUGUUGUUAUGGAAAGCAUUAUUGUUAUUAGAGAUAUAUUUAGAAAGUAUCCUAGAAAAUAUGAAAUGAUUCUUAAAGAUCUUUGUGAAAAUCUAAAAAGUCUUGAAGAUCCAGAAGCAAAGGCCUCCAUGAUUUGGAUUAUUGGAGAAUAUGUUGAUACAAUAGAAAAUGCUGAUUCUCUUUUAGCCAAUUUCAGUGAAAAGUAAUUUUGAUAUUUAAUUAUAAGUUUUAAAGAUGAACCUGCAAAUGUAUAACAUUAAAUUUUAGUUGCUGUUAUGAAAUUAUUUUUAUAAAGACCUAAUGAUGGAAAAGAAUUAAUUCAUAAUCUAUUAAAAACAGCUACUAUUGAAUGUGAAAAUCCAGAUCUUAGAGAUAGAGCAUAUAUAUAUUGGAGAAUGUUAUCUACUGAUCCAGAAUUAGCUAAAAAAAUAGUUUUUACAGAAAGACCAACUAUAUCUGAUUCCAGUUAUACAAUUGAAAAUGAACUAUUAGAUAAAUUAAUAGAAAAUAUUGGAAAUUUAAGUUCUGUUUAUACUAAAAAACCUGAAAGUUUUGUUAAAAAAUUAAGAGAUGUUUUAAAUUCUAAAAUUGCUGAUAAAAUUGAUGAUGUCUAUGAUUAAGAUUAAUUAAUGGAAGGAAAACCUGAAGAUUAUAGUGAUUAAUAAGGAGGAUAAUCAAAUGUUUAUGAAAAUAAUUAUGAUACAUCAUCGUAGAUUUAAUCUUAAAUUUAAUAAUCAUAAAUAUAAUAAGUUUCUUAAAAAAUUGAUUUAUUAGAAUUAGAUGAUAAUUAACCAUAAUAACCAUAAUAAUAAUAAUAAUAAUAAUAACCAUAAAUAUAAACAUAAAUACCUACUUAAUCUAUUUAAAAUAUUAGAAUACCAUUUGCUGAAGUAUUGACUGCUAAUACUCCAGGUUCACAAACACAAGUUUAAGGUCUAUAAAUUGAAACUGCAUUCCAAAAAAAUGGUGAUAAAAUUGUACUUGAUCUAAAAAUUACAAAUAAAACAUAAGAUAAAACAUUCUCAGAUUUUGGAAUCAAAUUUAAUAAAAAUCCAUUCAAAUUAUAACCUGAUACUAUUGAAAUAUAAUGUCAACCUGUAUUUCCAGGUUAAACACAAAUUGCUUAAUCAUUAAUCAAUACAAAUGGACCUGCCUUUGAAGAACCACCAUAAAUGCCAUAUAAAAUUUAAGUUGCUCUAAAAACUAAUUUGGAUGUAUUCUAUUUCUUUAUACCAAUGUCUUUAAGUGUGUUAUUUGUAUUAUAAAUAUUAAUAAUUUUAGAGUAGCACUGCAAGUAUCACUUAAUAAAAAUUCAUAGAAUUGAGUCAAGCAUAAAAUAUAGCCAGAAAAUAAGAAGUCCUCCAGAUUUAAAUUGAUCCAUAAAGAGUAUUAUAUUCUGAUCAUAAUUUUAGAUGAAAGAAAGGUUGGAACGCAAUUACUUUUUCUUAAUUGGAGUGAGAAAAGAUGAAAGGGGUGUUGAAUUACUAUCCUAUGCAGCAUCAUUAGUUAAUGGAAUGCCAUUAUUGGUAAAUGUAAUCCAUACACCAACAGCAAUCAAUUUGCAACUAUAAGUUCCUCAUCCCACAUUAAUGCCAUUAUUAUAUUAAGCAAUAGGAUUUAUUUUAACAUUAAAUUGAUAUAUAUAUCAUAAAAUC